AUGCAUAUCGAAGCGACGUCAUCGUCACCAGCCGGGCCGUCCUCCACCAAGUCAUACGAUGUCUUCCUCUGCCACGGCUCCAACGACAAGGGGCUCAUGCUCUCGCUCCGCGACAAGCUCGUUGCCCUCGGUCUGCGCGUCUUUCUCGACGUCAAGUCGCUCGACGCCAUGAUUGUCCAAGAUCCCGCAGACUGCGCCCGGCUUGCCCGUCACUCACACGUUGUGGUCGUCGUUGUCUCAAAGUACUCGAUCGUCACACGGUGGGCCAUCGCAGAGGCCGACGCAGCCCUCGCUGAUCCGACUUGCAAGGUCUUUCCAGUUUUUGCCGACGCUGAGCUCUCGCUCGAGACCGUCUCGUCGCCGCCAUGGCGUGACGGCCCGCGGGAUGCCAGCCAUCCUCUACUGGCGUACAUGGCGGUGGCUUUCCCGCCGCAGAUCCCGAACAACCGUCGACUCAUGGAGCUGUGGGAACACGAUGAACUCACGCCCGAGCUCAAAGUCGCCCGCGUCGGCACUCUCUACGCCCUCCUCGAGCGCGGCCUCGCUCCGUACUCGCCGGCUCGCGACAGCGUGGUUGACAUGGUCGACGAUCUUGCCGACCGCAUCCAGGCCAUUGUUCCCAGUUCACCCCUCCGCCCCUCACCCAUGCCACCGCCACUCAAUCCACCCGAGUACCACCCGCUCCCUGACACUCGUGAUGCGGUCAUUAAUGUCCUUCUUGGUGCGAACAACGUCUCAGUCGUCGGUGUCAACGGGCUCGGCGGCGUCGGCAAGUCGUCACUCGCUGCCGAUGUCGCCAUCCAUCCCGCCAUCACCUCGGUCUUCUCCGUCUUCUGGCUCUCGCUUGGUGAGGACAAUACGUCCAACCCAGCUCUUGCCAGCCGCAUGUCUUACUUUCUCAAGCAGGGUCUGAGCUGCACAGGCUCACCUGAGUGGGCAAAUACCCUUGCUCUCAACGAUUCCCGCAUCGUCUCCCUCGCGACCCUUUGCCGCGGCCAUGCCCUCGCCCUCGCCGUCCUUGGCUCGUCCAUUUCUGGCGAGGCUGCACUUGACGCCGCUGUUGCUAACUUUGAUUCGGCCUCCAAGCGUGCUUUCCACAAGCACCGCAAGUCAGAAGGCGGCACCGACGCCAAGUACGCCCACAUCUUUGAUAUCAUCGCAUGGACCCUCCGCAGCAUCGACGACCUCGACCGUCCGAUAGCACUCGCUAUUUACGCCAUGCUCGGCGUCUUUCCAUCAGACGCGCCCAUCGACGUCGCCAACUUUCGCGCCACAGUCCCAAAAGACGAUAUUGGCUUUGCUGCGGCCCUCGAUGCCCUUGCCGAUGCCUCUCUCCUGCGCGUCGUUGCCACGGAUGGCGGCGCCAUAACCGUAGUCGAGCUGCACGAUCUGCACCUCGAGUACAUUCGCCAUCGGCUUGAGGUGUGCUUUGACGACAUCCCUUCCCUUCCUGCCCGUCACCUCGCCAUUGUCGCCGGGGUGCCUCCGCCUGGCGCCACGCCAGAGUCCGCUAAGACGGCAAUGACCUCUGGCACUGCCUCCGAUUGGAUCGUCACCCGCGGUAUUUCGCACCUGAUUGCAGCCGGAGCGAAUCAUGCCGCCGUUGCCGUUGCUCUCUCCUGGCCGUGGAUGAAUGCCCGCGCAAACGACUCGCUUGGUGGCCUCCUCAAUGACCUGCGUUGUGUUGUGCGCCUUGGCUGUGAAGGAGCCAAGAACAUUGACGAGGUCGAGCGUGCGCUGUCGCUCUCACGCGAGAUCAUUGAGAGGGGCAAGUCGCACAUCGAAACCGAGCUCGUUGCGCGACUUGCCUAUAACAACGCGUCCAACGCCGUGAAGGACCUGGUUGCUGCUGUGAGCGAAGAUGCCUCGUAUGGGGCUCUCAUUCCAUCGAGAGCCGUGGACCCUGUCGCGCAUCGUGGUGCUGAGCGCUUUCGCUUUGAUGGCUCGUUCGGCAAUGUCAUCAACAUCGGUGGCUCGCUGGUUGCUGCUGGAUGUGAGGAUAAUGUGGACGUACUUGACGUGCAAACUGGUGAACGCGUGGGGCGGCUGGAGGGUCACACCAAGUAUGUGGAGGGUGUGAUUGCGCUGCCGAGUGCGGAUGGCCAGCUGCCUGUCCUGGUCUCGUGGUCGGCCGACAAGACGAUCCGGGUGUGGCAUCUUGCGGACGACGGGACGGGCGCCAUGCGGUACACCGCGGACAGUGCCUUCUGUGAGGUGCUGGAGGGCCACAUCUUCUGGGUGCAGGGGGUGAUUGCGCUGCCGAGUGCGGAUGGCCAGCUACCUGUCCUGGUCUCGUGGUCGUGGGGCAACACGAUCCGGGUGUGGCAUCCUGCGGACGAUGGGACGGGCCCCAUGCGGUACACCGCGGACGGUGCCUCCUGUGAGGUGCUGGAGGGCCAUACCGACGAUGUGGAGGGUGUGAUUGCGCUGCCGAGUGCGAAUGGCCAGCUGCCUGUCCUGGUCUCGUGGUCGAGAGACAAGACGAUCUGGGUGUGGCAUCCUGCGGACGACGGGACGGGCGCCAUGCGGUACACCGCGGACAGUGCCUCCUGUGAGGUGCUGGAGGGCCACACCGACCGUGUGCUGGGGGUGAUUGCGCUGCCGAGUGCGAAUGGCCAACUGCCCGUCCUGGUCUCGUGGUCGGCCGACAAGACGAUCCGGGUGUGGCAUCUUGCGGACGACGGGACGGGCGCCAUGCGGUACACCGCGGACAGUGCCUUCUGUGAGGUGCUGGAGGGCCACAUCUUCUGGGUGCAGGGUGUGAUUGCGCUGCCGAGUGCGGAUGGCCAGCUGCCUGUCCUGGUCUCGUGGUCAGACGACAGGACAAUCCGGGUGUGGCAUGCUGCGGACGACGGGACGGGUGCCAUGCGGUACACCGCGGACGGUGUCUCCUGUGAGGUGCUGAAGGGCCACACCAGCUGGGUGAAUGGUGUGAUUGCGCUGCCGAGUGCGGAUGGCCAGCUGCCAGUCCUGGUCUCGUGGUCGGAGGACAGCAUGAUCCAUGUGUGGCAUGCUGCGGACGACGGGACGGGCGCCAUGCGGUACACCGCGGACAGUGUCUCCUGUGAGGUGCUGGAGGGCCACACCAGCUGGGUGAAUGGUGUGAUUGCGCUGCCGAGUGCGCAUGGCCAGCUGCCUGUCCUGGUCUCGUGGUCAGACGACAGGACGAUCCGGGUGUGGCAUGCUGCGGACGACGGGACGGGCGCCAUGCGGUACACUGCGGACAGUGUCUCCUGUGAGGUGCUGGAGGGCCACACCAACGAUGUGCAUGGUGUGAUUGCGCUGCCGAGUGCGGAUGGCCAGCUGCCUGUCCUGGUCUCGUGGUCGCUCGACAACACGAUCCGGGUGUGGCAUGCUGCGGACGACGGGAUGGGCGCCAUGCGGUACACCGCGGACGAUGUCUCCUGUGAGGUGCUGGAGGGCCACACCAACGAUGUGCAUGGUGUGAUUGCGCUGCCGAGUGCGGAUAGCCAGCUGCCUGUCCUGGUCUCGUGGUCGCUCGACGGGACGAUCCAGUGCCUCCUGUGA